AUGGGAAAGAUAUCGUUGCUUCAAGCUCCAACAUUGGAAAUUACUUGUGAUGAUGAUGAUAUGUUUCUCGGCGAUUACGAUUCGGAUGGCUUUUCCGAUGACGACAAUGAGUACGAUGAUGAAGAAGAGGAUCUUUUAGACGAUAAACAGUUGAAAAGAGAGUUUAUCUUUUACUGGAUGAUAAUUGUCCCUUUGGGGCUAGCUUUAAUCGUGUUCAUUUGUGUGGUGCCUUGGCUUACUCAAACCAGUAUUGUCAUGGUACCAUGUUGCAUAUGUGAUGACGAUUUCAAACUACAGCUGCAUGAAUACAAUGAAGAUGAUAAGACAAGUAUCGAAGACUUCAUCGCAGCAAAUACAGGCAAAGUCAACAUAGAAGGAUCAAAUAAAACUAAACUCGAGCCUCCUCAUCAAUCUCUUUGCCUAAAGGUCGCAGCGCAGUAUUUCAUCCCAGCCUAUUAUCGAACUCUCCACUCCGAAAAUCUGAACCAAACCGAAGCUCAAAGUUUAAUGGGACAAAGAGAAGUGUGCCCAUCAAACAGGUUCGAAAAUUUGCGACUCAUCGAGCAAGAUGCCAGCGUUGAUGAACCUAACAACUGGAGAGUUUACGACAUCACGUCGAAUACGCUUUACAAAGAGAUUCUUGCUGGCGACGAUUUCUCAAGUCAAACAUGUACUCAGGAUUUUUCUUACAACUCCGAUUGCUCGGUCGAGUACGACCGAAUGACAAAGAUGAUCGACGGAGAAGAGCAUCUUAUCCGAUCUGAAGGCAACUCCACGACCUUGAAUCUUUACUGCAACUAA